AUGAAUUUGACUUUAAAUGAAUUAAUUAGAAAGAUAAAAGCUAAAGAAUUCAAAAAUAUAACAAUUGCAGCAGGUGCAGGAAUAAGUGUAGCUGCUGGACUUAGUGAUUAUAGAAGUAAGGAUACAGGUUUAUAUGAUUAAUUAAAGAAAUUCAAUUUAAGCAAUCCAGAAUAGGUUUAUGACAUUAAUGUUUUUAGAAAGAAUCCUUAAUUAUAUUAUUCAGUUAGCAAAUAGUUUGGUACUCAUAAUUUAGAAUUAAAACCAACUGCAGCUCAUUAAUUCAUUUAUCAUUUAGAUAGAAAUGAUUAAUUAUUAAAUUGUUUCACAUAAAAUAUUGAUGGUCUAGAAUUAGUUGCAGGUGUUAGAGAAUCAAAAGUUAUUUAAGUUCAUGGACAUAGAAGAACUGCUAGUUGUAUAGAUUGUAAGAAAAUUUAUAGUGUUAAAACUUUUUAUUAAAAUGUUGACAAAAAUGAGAUUAUGAAAUGUACUGAUUGUAAUGGUUUAAUUAAACCUGAUGUGGUAUUUUUUGGAUAACCAUUACCAUAAUAUUACUUUUAAAAAUUACCUGAAAUUUCAUAAAGUGAUUUAGUUAUAGUUAUGGGAACUAGUCUUUAAGUUUAACCAUUUUCUAAUAUGAUUUAUAAGAUCAAUGAAAAUGUUCCCUUAGUUUUGAUUAACAAAGAUACAAACUUAAGAAGAUUAGAACCUAUUAAUAAUAAAUUGUUAUUAAAAGGUGAUGUUUAGGAUAUUAUAUCCUCAAUUAUGAAACAAUUAUGA